AUGUUCCCAUUGUUCCCCAGUCAUCCCCUGCCUCUUAGGCAAAGUCACCUGAACCAUGGGAGGAAACAGGCGGGUGAUCGAUGUUCACUUGAAAUUUCCAAAUUUCCAAAGCCCUGGCCGUGUCGAAGAUUGCUCCCUUCUGAAUCACAGAAUCCCUCCGUUGCAGGCGAUUGCCAAGUCCCUUUCGAUGACCUCUUCAAUCAGUUGUCGGAAAGCCGAAGCUCCAAGCAUUUGCCUAGUUUGUUGUCUCGACCAGCACCACCAGAGACCACCAAAAGCCAGUUUUGCCUCGAGGAGUGGAAGCGGAUCUCCACCGUGGGCCGUGAGUUGGACCCAUCCACGGUCUCCGCCUUGUUAGGUGCCAGCCCUGAUCCCUUCGUGCGCCCGGAAAGGUCCAAGGGCUGGCCGGCCAGCUGGGAGCACAGCGGCUCGGCCUUCGGACGCUUCGGGUACCUGCCGCACUGCGACCUGGUGCCAUGGGAUGUCGAACGCGCCAAGGCGCCGGAACGAAGCUGGCCUGCGGAUGGGGCGGUUUCUCGACUUUAUGACGGCAAACGGAAGGACAAAGCUGCGUGGAAACCAACGACUUGGAAACAUCAUGGGCCUAGCUUUCCAGCAGUGCCAUCAUUGGCCACCAGUCUCUCCACGCCUGCAUUGCGAAGUCUGCAGAGGAAAGCUUCCAAAACAGCCAAGGAACGCGUACGUGGCAGAUCAGACUCUCGUUCAGUCUCUCGUGCUUCAGAGGACAUUGAAAGAGCGAGAAGUGUCACGUGCAUCACAGCUGCUACAGCUGCAAUGUCAACACGUCAGAGCUUUUCAUCUCCCAGUAGGGCAAGCAAAGCCAGCCCAAGUCUGGCUGAAGAAUCGAGGUCAAGCAAGUCAGGUCAUGCAGCUUUUGAUGCCCGAUCUACACGUAGGCACUCUGAAGCUAUUGAUGCGCAAUCUACACGUAGGCACUCUGAACCAUGGAAAAUUGUUGGUGAGAUCCUUCUUGACUGAGGACCUAACAAUAGUCGCAGUCAUGUGGGAGUCACCUUUCUUUCACCCUGAAAGGGUCUGAAAGGGUCGAAUUGGUCUGGAGAUAUCUGGGGAGAAGUCGCUGCAGCAGCCAGCACAAGCACGUCUCCGCAGAUGCGCAAGAUGCAUUUGAGAUCAACCACGAUCUCAGCCUCUUUACUUGCCAUGUCCUGAUC